GGCCUGCUCAAGGUGCAGCCGCUGCGCAAGCAGGACAUGCAGGUUUCGUAUGCCCAAACAUUCGAUAUUGAGAAUGCCAACAACGGCUUCUAUGGCUCGCUGAUGAACUGCCUCGGUGUCGUGGCCGGCUCGCUGGGCCAGCUGCCGUGCUGCAUCUGCUGCCCCAACCCCUUCAAGGAGAUCAACCAGGGCUCCGUCGGCCUGGUUAGCCGCUAUGGACAGGUUCUUCGAGCUGUAGACCCUGGCCUAGUUCAAAUCAACCCUUGCAGCGAGACCUUGCGAACGGUGGACAUCAAGAUCCAGAUGUCCGUGAUUCCGAAGCAGACGGUCAUGACGCGCGACAACGUCAGCGUCGAGAUCGAGUCGAUCUGCUACUGGCACGUCGAGAACCCUUACCUCGCUGCGUACGGUAUCUCCGACGUGCGCCAGGCGCUCAUCGAGCGCGCCCAGGCGACGCUUCGCGACGUCGUCGGCGCACGCCCCCUGCAGUCCGUCGUCUCGGACCGUGAGGGUGUGGCAAUCCAGGUGGAGGAGAUUGUCGAGACAACCGCCAAGGCCUGGGGUGUGCGGGUUGAGAGCAUUCUGAUCAAAGACAUCAUCUUCUCGCGCGAGCUGCAGGAGUCGCUGUCCUCGGCGGCCACGCAGCGCCGCAUCGGAGAGUCCAAGGUCAUCGCCGCUCGCGCAGAGGUCGACGCUGCCAAGCUCAUGCGCCAGGCGGCCGACAUUCUUGCCUCGCCCGCGGCCAUGAACAUCCGCACGCUCGAGGCGUAUCAAGCCAUGGCCAAGUCGGCCAACUCCAAGGUCAUCUUCGUGCCCACGGACAUGGCGACGGGCGCCAACGCCGCGUCUGGCAGCAGCGCGCUGCAGAACACGGCCGUGCUGCAGCAGCUCGCCGACCAGGACUGAGCGGCUGAUGCGCCCUCAGCAGAUGCUUCACUCUCGAUGCGUCCCUCGCCAUUCCUCUGUCCCUUGCUCCUGCCUCGCUCGCUGUCUCGUGCCCACCGCUCUCGCAAGCCGCGCGCGUACCCGCGUGCGGCGCGCGGCGCGCUCGCCUACCCGUCCCGCAUCGAAUACC